AGUAAUUAAUAAGGAGAGAAUAACAAUGGCAAGUAAGAAGAAAGAAAUUCAGCUACAGGCAAUAAUACUCAAUCAAACACAAUGGGAUGAGAUGCUGCUAAAUAAAGGCCUAACAGUGGUAGACGUUUAUCAGGCAUGGUGUGGACCUUGCAAAGCUGUAGUAAACUUGUUCAGGAGGCUAAAAAAUGAAUAUGGUGAAGAUAAUCUUCUACAUUUUGCUGUGGCAGAGGCUGAUAGUGUGGUGAACCUGCUCCCAUUUAAAGAUAAAUGUGAACCUGCUUUUGUCUUCUGUCUGGAUGGCAAGAUGAUAGAUAUUGUAAGAGGAGCAAAUGGACCUCUUCUAAAUAGAAAAGUAAUAGAACUAAUUGAACUAGAAAGAAAAAUUGUAGCUGGAGAAGUGCAAAGACCAGAGAUGCCAGAGCUCAUGUUUAUAGAAGAGAAAGAAUCAGAAGAAGAACCUGAAGAAGAAGAAGCUGGUGAGGAGGAAAAAUGUGUGGUUGUCAUUAUAAAACCUGACGCUGUUGCAGAAGGAAAAGUUGAAGAAAUAAAGCAAUUGAUUAUUGAAGCAGGCUCUGUCAUUCUUGCAGAAGACAAGAAGAUUUUAACUGAUGAGCAAGUGAGGAAUUUUUAUGAAAGCAAAUCAGAAGAGCUUGAUUUUGAAGACUUUGUUUCAUAUAUGCUGUCUGCACCCUCCUAUAUUCUGAUAAUAUCUGAAAGAAAGCAUGGCCAAAAUAUGCCUUUUUUACAUGAAUUGGAAGCAGUGGAAGAAGAAGAGGAAGAGGAAGAGGAGGAGGAGGAGGAGGAAAAGGAAGAAGAAGAAGAAGAAAAAGGAGAAAUGAAAGAAAGGGGAGAAUUUUUAUCUGAAGCAUGGAGGAAACACUCUGUGACACCUGUAAUUGGUUUGAAAGAGAUGUUGCAAAAUCAAGACCUGUUACAUCACUGUGAUAUUCAGGAUCGUGUUGAAGAAACAAGCAGGCAACUUGCCUUCUUUUUCUCUGAUUUUUCCAAGCAAAGGAAUGAAAAAUCUGUUGAGCGAACACUGGCAUUAAUCAGACCUUCCCUUUUAAAAGAAAGAAGAGAGUCUAUUCUGAAUAGAAUUAUGGAAAAUGGCUUUGAAAUAGCCAUGCAAAAGGAAAUCACCUUAUCAGAAGAACAAGCUCGUGAAUUCUACCGAGAACAUGAAAAUGAAGAUUAUUUUCCAUACAUUUUGGAUCAAAUGACCAGUGGGCCAACUCUUGCUCUUGCUUUGGUACGAGAGAAUGCAAUCCAAAAAUGGAGGGAUUUACUUGGCCCAAAGAAAAUCCAAGAAGCAAAGGAACAAUACCCACAAAGUUUACGUGCUGAGUUUGCAAUCCAUGAUUCUCCAAUCAAUCAGUUGCAUGGCAGCGCAAACACGAACAAAGCUACAAAGGAAUUACAAUUCUUCUUUCCUGUAGAAAACACUAUGGCUCUCAUUAAACCCUCUGCUUUUGAAGAGAAAGAUAAAAUUAUAAAUGAAGUAAAAGAUGCUGGAUUUCUAAUCUCAGAAUUGAGAGAAGCACACAUAAGUCCCGAGAUAGCAGCACAGUUUUAUCAAGAUCAUGAAGAUAAGCCAUAUUAUAAUCAACUAGUGGAUUAUAUGUCAAAAGGUCCAUCAAUGUUCAUGGUUCUAACUAAAGAAAAUGCUGUGGAAGAAUGGCGAAAAUUAAUGGGACCGACAGAUCCAACGAAAGCAAAAGUAACACAUCCUAAUUCAAUACGUGCUAAAUUUGCAACUGAUAUUAUGCACAAUGCUGUUCAUGGAUCCUCAAAUGAGGAACAUGCUAAAAAAAGCAUUAACUUUAUCUUUGGAGAUAUUGAUUUGGAAAGCCUAAAAUACAAAUACAUUUAUAUGUAAAUUUCAGAGUUGAUCUGUUGUCAACAAUAAAGGAUCUGUGCAAAUUAAUAUAUUUACAUAUAUCUUUUUAUUAAAUACAUGUUAUUAAUUAGAAUUCAUAAGAUCCCUUCAAAUUAGGAAUAUUUCCUCCAUUAAGAUAUAAUUUUAACUUAUAAUAUCAUCAAUUUCGUACAGAAUAUAAAUAGGUGGUAGCACAUGAAUACCUGUAAUAAUAUUAUUAAUAAUUGGUACUAAAUCCCAAUACAAGAAAGGCAAUCACAAAUAUUCAAAUUUUUCUUUGAAGGACUAGGAAGUAGAUAUAAAAGAGCCUCAAAUCAGGAUAUGGAAUCAAUGGAUUCUAGUCACUUGGCCUAUUGGUUAGAAUAGGGAGGGAAAGAUGAGAAGAAAGAAUGUAAGGUGGAGUUUUAUAGAUCAUUUAGCCCUUAUUGACUAUUUCAUUCUUACAAAAGUAGUAGUUGUAGUAAUAGGCUCCUUGGGUACAUUCCAAAAACAGCUGGAGCAUCACUUGAACACCAUUAGCCUUGACAAAAUCACCAUCACACAAAUUGCAAAAGCAACCUUAUUCGGAACAGUUUAGAUUCUGUGACAAUAUCUUUAACAUAAUCAAACAUCCACAUCUUCCUAUUCUUGGGAAGGGUUUGAUAGAUUGAUAAAAAUGCCAGAUCCAAUCUGAACACCUGGCUGAUUGUGCAAUGAAUUAUAAAUUACAAUUAAAAGAUGGAAAGCAAGGGAGCAAGAUGCAUACAGGGGAAGCGGGUUAUUGUUAUAAUUGGUAACUACCUCCAGAAUGAUGAACCCCUGUUGGGGCCCUAGGCCAACUGCCACAGCCAGGUCUUCAUAACUUUAUGAAAGGUCAGAAGAGUGGAAGCAGAUAUCACCUUGAGGAAGGUAUGAUAUUCCAAAAGGUAGGAGACCCAAACUUUCUUAAUCCAUGGGGUCUGCAGAAUGCUCAUUCUCCUGGCACUAAUGGGAUGGAUCAAUCCCAUUAGCUUGAAAUCAUAUCAUGAAGGGCUUUAAAAGUGACCAAUACCUUGAAUUUUUAAUAACCUGAAUCCAUAGUCUCUACUCAAAAUCCCAAAAUCUUCAACCAAAAUCUUCAACCAAAAACUGACCUCACCCCAUUUCUAAGAGAGAUAUAAGGGGUGUGCAUAAGAGCACAAAAGUGCCUACCGUUCCUGUCCUAUUAUUCCCUUUAUCAUAUCAAAUUGAUAUAGUUGAUGCAUAUUUUUAUACGUAUAUGUAUAUUUUCUUCAAAAUAUGUUGUUUUAUCUAUAACAAUUGUUUGUGUAUUCUGUUGUGACAAAAGAAAUUUUAAAAAAAUUGUACCAAGAAGUAAACCAGCAACCAGUGCAGCUCACGGAACAACUGUCAACACUGAGUCCUUUGGGAGAAGGGCGGUAUAAAAAUUAAAUAAAUGAAAUAAAUGACUGAAACUGAUCUGUCCAGAGCCAUCUUGGAGCUUCAGUGUUGCCACACUGGAGCUGAGGGAUAGGGAGUGGGGGAUUAGAGAUAGCUGGGGUUGUGUAGCCAGAAUAAAACACUUUCUCCUGGGAACCAAGAACAUUCUUACACCUGGACCAUGGUAGGAGGAGUGAUGUCACCAGACAACCAGGCAGUUCAGUGGGGAUGUUGCAACGAUCAUAAAUAUGAAAAACGGUCAAAGUCACUUUUUAAAUUAUUUGUAUUGUGUUUGAAUUUUUUCCUGCCUCAUGGUUUCUUUUUCUAUAUGGGGAGGGGUUUUUUCUUUCACUGCUUUAGUGGUUCCUGGCACUGUCCUUUUGGGGUCUACUUCAAAGAGGCAGGAUGCAAGCUUGGCACUGAUUUUUUUACUGCCUUUCUGGGGAUAUUGAUCUUUCCUUAAAUCUGGAUGUUUUCCUUAGGAUAUCUUGUGAGGUGAGUGAGACCAGCUGGUAUCUUUAAGUGGUGCAAAUGGAUCUAAUGAUUGCUUUUCUGGGGUGGGAAAGGGUGAGCUGUCAGUUCACUGAGCACAGGAGUCUCUUGUCUAUUGGGAUUCUCCAGUCAUCCAGGUCAUGGUUGUCCCAAAGGUGCUUUUUUCAAGAGGCAACUGGACUUUCUUGGUUGGAGUGGCCAAGGCACAUGAUUGCUCACUGAUAGUAAGAAUUUUUUAAAAAAAUAGGAGGUAGGGGUGUUGAUCCUCCAAUUCAUUUUAGUUUUCUCUCAUGAUAAUAAGGCUUAGUAACAUGGCACCAGGCUUGAAGUUUAUUUAGAUAUCUAUGGCAUGUACUAAUUUUAUUUUGAUCCUGACAAGCUUGGGAGACUUGAACCUGGGUCCCCUAUAUAAUUUAUUGAUUUAUCUCUUUAUUGUCUCUUUCUCUACAUUUUGUAGCCCAUAUAUGCCCACCUAUUUUCUGGAGAGCUUAAAUGAUCUCUCUGCUAAAGGGUUUCACUUUAUGAGCAAAAGUUGGUUGCUGAUAGUUAUUAUUGCAUUUUAACUAUUUUAAUUCCUCAAGAUAUUCUGACACCCUGCCUGAUUUGUAACUCCGGCUUGCAGGUAUUUCUAAUCUAAUGAUUGGUAUUUAGGGCAGCUUUUUGCAAACAAAGAAGCUUUUUGUAUUUUUGUACAGGUACGCCUUGAUUUACAACAGUUCAUUUAGUGACCAUUCAAAGUUACAAUGGCACUGAAAAAAGUGACUUAUGACCGUUUUUCACACUUAUGACCAUCGCAGCAUCCCCAUAGUCAUGAGACACUGGGUAAGGCGAAGCGCCCCUCGAUAUGAGUGAUGUCAAGUUAGCCACGCCUACCCAGUUACAUGACCACCCAGCCAUGCCUACCCAGCUGGUUAUUAGGGCGGAGAACUGAUUGUUAACUUAUUUGAAUUCCAUCACUGAGACAGCAUCUUGACUGGACCAUGCGACUGAUUGUUUGGGGUUGUGGGAAAACUCUUUUAAUUAGGUGAAAACCAUGGGAACCUUCAGAGUCAUUUUUCUCCAGAUCUGUGCCAAUAUGAUAUUUCCAAUAAAGCUAUUCUUUGAGGAAUAGCUGCCUCGGAGUUUUGCUUGAUGUGGGAGUAUGCUUGGUAUUUGGAACCCUGACAACAACUAUGUAAUAUGAGCCACCCUAGGGUCCAAAGAAUUGCCCAUGCAGCCACAUACUGCACCAGUUGUAGCUUACAGUCUUCAAAGGUAGCCCUGUGCAGACAGCAGAGCAAUAAUCCAAGUAUGAGCUAACCAGUGUAUAUGCCAAUAUUCUUAAAGAGAAUUUUUGUAGCAGUAGAGGUACAAAAGUAGUUUUAUUCAUUCUCUGUUAAAAAUGUCUGGAUAUUUGAUAUGAAAUUGUUUUUUUUUCAAGGCCUCCAAUGGUGGAGAAGAACAAAUCACAUAAAAUUGAUGUUAACCUGUUUGAAUGGGGAUUUUCUGUUCAGCUAAGAAGUUGUCUUGGAUAAGUCAUACUUUCCCUCAAGAGUAAACUAAUUUCCAAGAAAUGAUGUGACAAACUAAUUCCAGACUAGCUUCCUGAAAUACAUUAAUAUGUAAAAGUAGGGUGCUUUGUGUGACAUGGUUUAUGAUGGAUAUUCUCUCUCUUACCAGUCAGGAUCAGAAUUUUAAAAAAG